UUCUCUUUUUUUAGUAGGGAAACACUGGAGAAACGUCGGCUUGGCCUUUAACUGCAUAUUUCUUCUGUUUGGAUCUGUUAUCCAACUUAUAGCUUGUGCAAGCAAUAUAUAUUACAUAAAUGAUAAUCUGGACAAGAGGACUUGGACAUACAUAUUCGGAGCAUGUUGUGCAACCACUGUCUUUAUUCCCUCAUUUCACAACUACAGAAUCUGGUCCUUUUUGGGUCUUGUUAUGACCACUUACACUGCUUGGUAUCUAACAAUUGCUGCAAUCCUUCACGGUCAGAUGGAAGGAGUUAAGCACUCGGGUCCAAAUAAAAUGGUGCUAUAUUUUACUGGGGCCACAAACAUUCUCUACACAUUUGGGGGCCAUGCCGUUACUGUGGAAAUCAUGCACGCUAUGUGGAAGCCACAAAAGUUCAAAGCCAUAUAUUUAAUGGCUACCCUUUAUGUUCUGACACUGACCCUUCCAUCAGCAGCAGCAGUUUAUUGGGCAUUUGGUGACAUGCUUCUAAAUCACUCUAAUGCUUUGAUGAAUUCAAUGUACUAUUAUGACAAGAGUUCUGUCGAAGUUUCCGAUCAGGAACAUAUUUCUUUCAUUGCUCUUUGGUUGUCUCGUUGCGUCUUCUGUUCAAAAUCCCUACAAGUAACGAAGAAAUUCUUGACUAUGGCGAACCAACUUCAUGUUGGACAUAACCUUUGUGUCAGUGAAAUGAUUUUGGCUAGCCUUUAUGAGUCCCUAGGGGAAGGUGUCACAACUUUCAAUAAUAUUCAACCCAAAGGAAACUCGCUACUUUCUGGUUACUACAACUAUGGUUGA